GUCAAUAAAGGACUUCACCCGUGUUACACUUAUAUUUGUGUUUUAUUAUUUUGUUGCCGGCAAUUUAUUAAUAAACGAAAUAGUUUAGAAAUAUGUUUUUGUGUUUAGUGAGAAUGGUUUGAGUGGUAUAGGUACUGAAUAAUUUAUUAUGUCAUCUUGAACUACAGCGAGUUUCACUUGGCCUUAAUGUAAAAUAUAAACUAAAAUGAUUAACGCAUUUAUGGACACCGGUCAUCAUCAUUUGGCCACUUAUGGUUUAAAGAUGAGCCCACCGCCACACAACGGCGGAGGCGCGACGAUUCCGUCGCCGCAUCAAAAUUCCGCGGCCGCGAUGACUGCGCCGGAAGUGGGACCCGGAACACAAAAUCACCACUUCCAAACAAAUUACAGUCACAUGAGCCACUUAAAUCCGCACGCUGGAUACGCGGCUAGAGAUUUUUUGUUACGGCGCGACCACCACGACUUUCCGACGGCACAGACAGCACCAAGCGAUCCGGUAUUAUUUCAUCAUCCGCACACAGAUAUGACCCACCAUCAACAUCCACACCUAGGACCACACCAUCAAAUGUUAUACACGCGAACGGACCAUCAUGCAGCUUACCACACGCAACCAAAUCACCACCAGUAUUUAAACCCACACAUGGCAAUGCCGCACCAUCCGACAAACGUUCACGGGGCAUUCUUCAGAUACAUGAGGCAGCCCAUUAAACAGGAAAUGCAAUGCCUAUGGGUAGACCCGGAUCAGCCACCUCCUAGGAAAAAUUGCGGCAAACAUUUCACAAGCAUGCACGAAAUUGUAACGCACUUAACGGUCGAGCACGUUGGCGGACCAGAAUGUACAACACACGCGUGCUUCUGGCAGAACUGUACGAGGAAUGGCAGGCCCUUCAAGGCGAAAUAUAAGUUAGUUAAUCAUAUACGUGUACAUACAGGAGAAAAACCUUUUCCAUGUCCAUUUCCCGGAUGCGGUAAGGUUUUUGCACGAAGCGAAAAUUUGAAAAUACACAAAAGGACGCAUACCGAUAAUGCUAGCUUUAUCUACCUGCUCUAA